CCGGCAGUACCAGCGCUGGCAUAGCCGCUGCCGAGGGUCGACCGAGCCGGGAAGCGAGAGGCUGGUGGUAGCUGCGGCUAGGCUGGGCACAGACCCGGCGGGAGGAAGGGAGGGGACCGAAACAAGACGAGGCCUAGAGAUAGGUCAGCGGCUCCCCCGGAUUGGGCUCCGGUUUCUUCCCUCGCUUCUUUUUUUCUUGUCCUUGCGCCUCCUGAGGACUCAUUGUUUUUCAUCAGAGCCGAUUGAUUGAUCGAUCGGCGAUUGAUCGAUUAAAGGGGCCCUGCCGCCUGGGAGACGCGAAACCCGGAUAGUACACAGACGUUGUUCCUUUAAGCCAAGCCGCGGGAGGAGGAGGAGGGGGGAAAUCCUGCGAUGCGCCCUUGAUCCGUAGUCAUCCUUCCGCCCUUGAGUUCCUUCAUACAACCCCCCCCCCCCAUUUUUCACACCAACCCGAAUGCGCUUUCACCACCCCCGGGAGAAGAGGAGGAGAGGAUGAGGCAGCAGCAUCGCUACCUAUUUUCAUAGGCAACCCCCCCCCGUCACCUUGAUUGUCACCCCGUCGAUCUGCUCAAAAGAUCUCAUUUAAUUUUUAUCGUGCCACCCAUUCCCCAACUCGGUUUUGCGUGGAGGGGGUGGGGGGCGGUUGUAAGGUUUUUAAUCGGUUGUAUUUAUGCGGCGUUGGGGGAAAGAAAUCUAUCCAGGCAGAGAUCUUUUGGUUUACCUUCCCCCGCGCCCCUGCGCUUUGAAUGGGGACAGAAUUUUAAAAAAUCUGUAUGGGUUUUCUGUUUGGGAUCUUAACAAUCGAUAAAUGGAUCUAUUUUUUCAUAUAUCGCCCAGUUUUCGUGAUCUGGAAUUCCAUCAUUCUUCUCUGCCUUCCUUUUGGGCGAUAGUGUGGUGAUAGAGAGCAAUCCCUCUCUUCUACGCACCCCCCUUUUUUGUUGUGUCUUUCUCUUGGGUCGAAAUCGUGGGUCUGUUCUGUGUUGCUUGUUUCUUUUGCAUGUGGAAAAGGUGAAAAGAGAUUGUCGAAUCUAUUGGUUCGCUAGUUAAUUUCUUGUUAUUUGUGACAGUGGGAGCUUUAGGGAGAGGUGUCGAAGAUAGGCGUGUGCGAACGCCUAUAUAUAUAGAUAUAUAGAUAGAUUUUUAUUUGCAAGAGGGGGGAGACUCAAGAUGGCUGGAGGUGGUUGUGAGGAGCAUGAAGGGGUUUUUUUAAUCUGAAGAUAAAAGCUAAAAGGCACAGCGGCAGCUGCGGCUAUAUAAACUCAAUUUAGAGCCCUCUUCUCUCCUUGCUCCGCGCCACAUCAGGCGCACACUUUGCAGGGUGGUGCUUUCCACCAGCCUUCCGCCCCCUCCCACAUUCGUCUUUAACAGAUAUCUUUCUGCUCCCCCCCCCGAUCCACCAAUUAAAAAAAAAAAAGCUCAAAAUGGCUGAGGACUGACUGGGUCCUCUUGAAAUUGUACAUUUCAGCAGUUCCCUUUGAGCGUCCGUGCGCGCGCGCGCGCUUGGGAGUGAGUGAGUGUGUGUGUGUGUCCCCUCCUCGCCUCCCUCCCCUCCGGUUUGCAGGCUGGUUCCAAAAGGAGAAAUAGCUUUCAUGUCAGAAGGAAAACAGAAGCAAAGGGGAAGAGGCGGGGGCCAGGCUCUUCAUUAGCAGUUGAGAAAUUCCUUUUCAGUUUGAUCAAGGCAUACUUGUUUUCCUUCCAGCGAGAGCAACCCAUCACUCUCCCGAAAGGCUGAGGAUUUUGGAGAGGAGAGUAUUGUUUCAAUUUCAGUCUUACUAAUAUUUUUUUGAAAAGAUCGCUAUAGAUUUUGAGAAGGCAAAAUUCCAGGGUGUAUUAGGAGCAGGUUGAUUCUCUUGGUUGAAUUUGUUUUCAGCUGUUUCCACCCUCCUGAGUCCUUAUUUUUCUACUUCUUCUCAUUCCUAUUUGUGAAAGCAGCAAGGGAUGGGAGGGUCCCUUUGACUCUGGGCUGGAAUUUCAUCUGAAGCGAUUGACCGUCUUCCUACUGAGAUUGCACUGUCCCAAAGCCAACGAAGAAAUCUUUUUUCGUACUGCACCAUUCAGCUGUAUUAGAAGUUAGACAUUGUGUGGUUUUUUGUUUUUUCUUGUAUUUUUAAUCCUGCAUUUGGAUUUAUCACCCAACUUUUUUGGUGGCUUAAUUGAAUUCUGAACUCUGUUACGGGAAGAAAAAAAUUGAAAAGGGAUUCUUUUGAGUUUAGUCAGGAAGGAUAAAGGUUCUCGCAAUAUAAAAUGUUGGGCAAAAAGUCAUGAUAAGUUGGCAGUGUUUAACUUAAGAGGUUUAUAUGGCAUUUGGACCCCUUCCUUCUGGAUUUUGUAUGGAUUUUUUCCAGUUCUCGCAACUUAGUGGCCUUUCUGUUGCAAAAGUGGGAACUCCUCAUCAUCUGUGUUGAUAGACCAAAAACUGACUUUUUAAAGAGAUUUAAAAAUAAUAAAAUCUGUAUUGCUGUGAGACAUGGCUGAAAACUGGAAGAACUGUUUUGAAGAAGAGCUUAUAUGCCCCAUUUGCCUGCAUGUCUUUGUGGAACCUGUCCAGCUUCCUUGUAAGCACAAUUUUUGUAGAGGAUGCAUAGGAGAGGCUUGGGCCAAAGAGACGGGGCUAGUGCGUUGUCCUGAAUGUAACCAGGCCUACAACCAGAAGCCCAACCUUGAGAAGAACUUAAAGCUGACCAACAUUGUGGAGAAGUUCAACUCGCUCAACUUGGAAAAGACUCCCUCAGUCCUACACUGUGUCUUCUGCCGCCGUGGGCCUCCUUUGCCUGCCCAGAAGAUUUGUCUGAGGUGUGAAGCUCCAUGUUGCCAGUCUCAUGUCCAGACACACCUGCAGCAGCCCUCCACAGCGCGUGGGCACCUCCUAGUGGAGGCGGAUGACGUCAGGGCCUGGAGUUGCCCCCAGCACAAUGCCUACCGACUGUACCACUGCGAGGCUGAGCAGGUUGCUGUCUGCCAAUUCUGUUGUUACUACAGCGGGGCGCAUCAAGGACAUUCUGUAUGUGACGUAGAGAUCCGGCGCAACGAGAUCAGGAAGAUGCUGGUGAAACAACAGGACCGUCUAGAAGAGCGUGAGCAAGACAUUGAGGAGCAGCUGUACAAGCUGGAAUCAGACAAGCGGCUGGUUGAAGAAAAGGUGAACCAGCUAAAGGAUGAGGUGCGCCUACAGUAUGAGAAGAUGCACCAGAUCCUUGACGAGGACUUGCGUAAGACUAUGGAGAUCCUAGACAAGGCCCAGGCAAAGUUCUGCAAUGAGAAUGCUGCCCAGGUGCUGCACCUCAGUGAGCGCAUGCAGGAGGCCAAGAAGCUACUCAGCUCCGUUCAGGUCAUGUAUGACAAGACUGAGGACAUCAAUUUCAUGAAGAAUACCAAGUCAGUGAAAAUCUUGAUGGAUAGGACCCAGAACUGCACAGGAGGCAGCCUGCCCCCUCCCAAGAUUGGCCACCUCAAUUCCAAGCUCUUCCUGAAUGAGAUUGCCAAGAAGGAAAAACAGUUGCGUAAGCUGCUGGAAGGUCCCUUCAGCACCCCGGUGCCAUUUCUGCAGAGCAUUCCUAUGUACCCUUGCAGUGUCAGUAACUCAGGAGCCGAGAAACGCAAGCACUCCACUGCUUUCCCAGAAGCCAGCUUCUUGGAGCCAUCCUCGGGACCUGUUGCCAGCCAGUAUGUGAGCCAGGGGGCUUCAGCCGGCGAAGGCCAGUCUGCACAACCCAUGGUGCCUUGUAGCUCCACCCAGCACAUUGUAGGACUCCCCAGCGGCCCCCAACCGGUACACUCUGGCUCCAUGUUCAACCCGUCUCACUAUCCCAACAGCACAUCAUCUCAGCAGUCUGUGCUGUCUCAGUACGGAGGGCGCAAAAUCCUCGUCUGCUCCGUGGACAAUUGUUACUGUUCCUCAGUAUCAAAUCACAGUGGGCAUCAACCAUAUCCACGGUCAGGCCACUUUCCAUGGACAGUGUCAUCACAGGAAUAUUCCCACCCUCUGCCACCUGCUCCAUCUGUACCUCAGUCGCUUCCAGGAUUGGCAGUGAGAGAAUGGAUUGAUGCAUCUCAGCAACAUGGACGCCAGGAUUUCUAUAGAGUUUAUGGUCAGCCUUCCACCAAACACUAUGUCACCAGUUAACCAUCUGGUUCGGAUAGAAUCCUGUUGAUUUUUGAAGAUUUUUUAAAACCUAGUUUCUGUUGUUGUUUCAAAUCAAAUCCAUUUCCAUUUGUCCUUACCACAUGCCAGAGUCUGAGAGGGGCAUUGCUGUCAUCUCUAUUUUUAAUUUAAUUUUUUUAAGUCCUCCCUUGUAUCAGGUUGGGGUGGGAGGGGAGCUGUGGAAAAAAUUAACAAGGAUUUCAAUCAAGCAUCUACUUCUGGAUCAUGUGACAUUGCUACUUUUCCAGUUUGGAAAACUUUUAAGAGGACAAAUGAUCCUUUUCUAUUUCAAAGUCUCUGGGCUCUUUGGUUUUGCUUUUAAAAUUCUUUUUCCUUCCCAUUUUUAACAGGAGAAAAUUUCUAUCAUUGAUUCAUUAAGAAAUGACACUUGUAGAUUUUUUUUAAGGCUGAUUUUUUUUGUGUGUUAAGGCCACAUACAGUGCAUAUUGGCAUUUUUCUUCUUCUUUCAGAGAUUUGUAAAUACACAAUGGCAGGAAAUGAAAUGCACAAAAAAAGGGAAAAGAAACUUUAAAAAAAGAAAUAAAAAAAUCUGUUUUAGUUUCCAGGAGGGAAGUGUGUGUCAAGGUGCACACAUUCCUUCCUGUGUUUUGUUGAUGCAACUUCCUCUAACAAGCACUUUGUAUUAAAAAAGUGGACUUCCUGUUAUAAAGGCGCAGGUAUUUAUUCUGUAACCAAUUUUAGAACACACACACAAAAAUAUUCAAAUAAAUGUGAUCACUUAGUGCAAA